GAGGGGGGAGGGGUCCGCCGAGGCUGGAGGAGAAGGAGGCGGGGAGAUCGUCACGUGAGAGGGGAGGGCGCCGCCGCGGCCGCUGCUGCUUUGUGAGCACAUUGGGGGCAGAUUUUCUAUUUUGUACAUAACGUUGAUUUGUAUAUACUGUAUAUGAUGACUUCGGUGGGCAGUGAGCGUACCCGGGGCACUCGAGACAAAGCGCAGAUUUCAGCCACGCAGCCAACACAACCGCAGAAACCAGUCGUACAGGCAACAGCGGAACAAAUUCGUCUUGCCCAGAUGAUCUACGAUAAGAACGACGCAGACUUUGAGGAUAAAGUGAAACAGCUGAUGGAGGUGACUGGGAAGAACCAGGAUGACUGCAUAGUGGCUCUCCAUGACUGCAACGGGGAUGUGAACAGAGCCAUCAACAUCUUGCUGGAAGGAAGUUCCGACACAACUUCGUGGGAGACAGUGGGAGGAAAGAAGAAAACUCUCGGAAAAGAGAGUUCAGAGAACAAAGAGAACAGAGAAAAGCGAGGGGACAGAGAAGUGAGCCGUGGACGGGGAAGUUCCAGCAGACGAGGAAGAGGGGGCAGCCGUGGCCGAGAGUUUAGAGCAGAGGAGAAUGGUGUGGACAACAGCCAAGCGGAUAGGCCUUCCGAUCGUGGGAAACGUGGUCGAGGGAGAGGAUUCGGACGUGGCAGAGGAAGAGGAAUGGGGAGGUUUUCAGCCCAAGCCAUGGGGACAUUUAACCCUGCCGAUUAUACGGAAUCUCCUGCCACAGAUGGCUUUGGAACAAAACAGGAGUCUUGGGAGGCUGGGCAGAGCGAUGCUAAUGAUUGCACAGGAGCAUGGAAGAACUCAGUAGAGGAAUGGACAGCCGAAGACUGGAAUGAAGAUCUUUCAGAAACAAAGGUCUUCACUGCUUCGACUGUUCCAGCUGAGAACCAUGUGGCACCUGGCCAAAGCAUAGAUCUGGUGGCGCUGCUUCAAAAGCCCGGGACUUCCAGCCAAGAAACAGAGGCCAACUCCUUCGACCCCGCGCAGCAGCAAGGCUUUGGGCAAGCGCUCGUGUUUACGAAUUCCCAGCACAACCCUCCGAUGGCCUUAGGAGCUGGCAACACCGGUGCUGCUAACUCCUUUCCUCCACAGAGCCUGGAAAUUUGCAAUCCAGAUGUUUGCAGCCUAAAAGACGAGAGAAGAGGGAAGGCCCCCAUGCAAAUGUUUGACCAUUUCAAAUCCCAGCCUGAGCCAUCCCCGGUUCUGAGCCAGUUAACACAGCGGCAGCAGCAGCAGCAGACGCAGGCGGUUCCCGCCCCGCCUCCCGGACUGGAAUCCUUCACUCCGCAGGUAAAGGCCCGAGAGCCGUCACCCGUAGACAGCCCCGCGGCGGCCGGCAAACUGUUGCUCCUUCCCAGCCUGUCUGCAGAAAGCCAGAUGUUGCCCGCCCAUCAGACGCCGCAGAAACAGAUGAAGCCACCCAAACGGAAGAUCCCACCAGCUUCCAAGAUUCCGUCCUCUGCCGUGGAGAUGCCCGGAUCCACUGACGUGUCCGGGUUAAACGUGCAGUUUGGAGCUCUCGAGUUCGGGUUGGAGGCUUCCCUCUCGGAGCUUGCAUCCGCUUCAGGCUACGAGAGCACCAGCCAGGCCCCCAGCGGCAUACUCUACCCGAAGCCUGUAAGUGAUCCUUUGAAUGCCUCUUUGCCAAUGUCCACUACAGCGCAGGAGUCCACCUAUAGCACCCCUGCCGUCACCUCUGCCGGCCCGAGCUGCUCUUCCCAGAGCGCUAGCCCCGUAACCACCACUUCGUCCUAUGACCAGGCCUCUGUGCAUAGCAGGAUAACGUACCAAAGUUCCAUGCCUCCGCCGGAACCGGCCCCAGCUGCCGUCACGAAUGGACAUGGCAGUGUUCGGACGCAGCCAGCCCUUGACA